AUGAUGGAGGAUUAAUUAAAUUGGCCUCUAAUGUAUUUAAAUAAUUUAUUAUAGUUACCAAUCAAUAAUAUAAUCUUAUAAUACUACCCUACAAAAGCUUAUACCAAUACAAAUAACCAUAAGUGAUAUAAAUGACAUUAUCAUCCUUUCAUACUAAAAGAAUUCUAAAUCUUAUCAUUUACUUUAUUUUUCAAUGUAAGGAAGACUUAAAAAUUUUGUUUAAGUUAAUAUGAAUUAGUAUACUGAAAUUCCUAUUCAAAAUAAUUGGUUAUUAAAGUUGUAAAAUAAUAAUUUUAUUGUGUUCUUUCACAUAGGAAGUUUAACUAUAAUAGUAAAUUAAAUUUUGCAAGGUUUGAUUAAUUGGGAAUUUCAAGAUCUGUAAAUGAAAUUAUAUGCCCUCAAAAUUGUAUAUCUUGUGUAACAUCUUAAGAAUGUGAUAUUUGUAGUUUUGGUUCCCAAAAAAAUGAAGAAACUAAAUUUUGUGAAAUAUUUUAUGUUAACUGAUUGCGAUGUAUGCUCAAAUGGAUUCUAAUUGAAUGAAUUUAGAAAUUGUGUAAUAAUUGAUUAAUCGAUUGAACAUCCUAAAGAUCCAUAAAAUCCAAGUUAUUAGGAAGAAGUGAAAGAUCGAAAUAGUCCAGGAGUCCCAACAGAUCCAGUAGACCCUAUUAAUAUAAAGGAUCCAACUGAUCCAUCAGAUCGAACCUCUCCUCAGAAUCCAAUCAAUAUAGGAACUAUUAUUGGAGAUAAAUGUAAUGUAAUUAUGCAGAAUAAACUAAUAAAUUUUGUUGAUAAUAGAUAUGUUUUCAUUCAAAUUUGCAAUGAGAUUAUGAGUGCCAAAUUAUUUAAUAAAGAUGGUGUAGAGAUAUAGAGUUUUGUCAUUUAAAUUGAAUUAGUUAUAUUCUACGAUACAGUUUUAGUUCAAGAUUAAAUUUUUUUAGCAUUUUUUUUUACAAUAAAUCCAACUUCUUCUCAAAUUUUUUUAAUUGAUAAUAGUUUCCAGAACCUUAAUUUUAGAUUUGAAGCAAAUAAUAGAAUGAUGGCACUUUUGUAGAAGUAGUUUGAGAAAAAAUAAAUCACAACUCACAUACUCUCAUUAUUACUGUUGAAUGCAAGGGUUAAAAUAAUGAACCAAUAAAAGCUUGUUGUGGAUUAUACAAUUUAUAUUUAGCAGUUCAUUAUUGUUAACCUAAUUGUAACAAAUGCACAGAUCAUUAAACUUGCUAAAAAUAGAAUAGUACAGAUUAUUCAACUAAAAUUUAAUUGUCUUAGGUUGAUUUUAAACCUAAUUAAUAUUUUAAUGUUCAUUAAUCUUUAUGUUAUGAUUGUCCUUCAUCUUGCAAGAGCUGUACUUCAAGAUUUGCAAGUUUGGAAUGUAACGACUCAUGACUGCAUUAAUUGA